AUGGAGGAUCAAUUAGCGGCAAAUCAUCCGCCAGCUUCACCAACUUCAGUGACGGACGACCAAAUCCUAGACAAUAUAGGUGCCCGUAUGCAUGGCCCUAUGAGCGGAUUUAUCAAGAAAUACUUCGGCAAAUUUCAAUAUGUCCAUCAAGAUGCUUUAUUGGAAAUCCAGAUAGCCGGAAGAGUUACUGGUCGCUGUGCUGUUCCAUCAACUGCACCGACACCCGACACUUUCCUACAAUGGUUUUCUAACUAUUAUGUAUCUCGGGAGUCUGACGGUGCUCGAGGCUCGUGGCAUAUAUCUAGCGACAAUGUAGCACCUAAACAAGAGAGUGCUGACGAAGGUGCACGCCUUCUCUUGAUCAUGCCCACUUCGUCGACCUCUAACGUGCAGAUGAGAUGGAACCUUGUCCAGGUUAUUGGCCAGUUUUACCACUGUGGUUGCGUUUGUUAUCAGGAUGGUCUAUUGCGUCUUUGCCGGUCCGCACACCAGGUAUUCGCCAAUCAGCCUACGCGGCUCUUCUUACAUGGCUUUUAUAUACGCGGUUCGCUGAUCGAACUUUGGGUUUUUGAUCGAUCUGGGUUAUAUUGUAGCGACGUAUCCGAUGUUCAGAAAGAUUUUAUCCAGUUUCUCUUUAUUGUUCUCAGUCACCAGCAUAUGACGGACCAGGACUUGGGGAAACUCGACAUGAUUGAGAAACCCAUCGCGUUCCGUGAAGGCCUUAUUGGCACCGGCACAACUUGCUACCGGGCUAGAAGGCUUGAUUCGAAUCGAUGGAAUCAUGUCUUGAAAUUCAAAUGGCGUUGGGCUAGGGAGCGUCCGGAGGAUGAGCUUCUAAAGCUGGCCCAGAAUAAAUGCGCCUGGGGUGCCGUGUCCCUUGAUUAUUACAAAGAAUUCGAAAGUACAGCAUAUCUGCGUCGAGGCCUCCGGUGGGGGACACACAGAAAAUUUACUAGGGCGCACUUUCGCGAGAGACAUAGAAGUAUAGAAGAGCGACGACCGGACGUUACUUAUAAUGCUGACGGGCUUGUCGAAUGUACAGAAGAAACCGACAACUUUUUUCAAAAUCGUAUUCUUGCCUGCCUCGUUACUUCUCCCGUCGGCAGACCCCUUCACACUUUUCAAUCUCUAUUAGAGUUGCUUCAAGUGUUUUGUGAUGCUAUCAAAUGUCAUCGAUCACUCUAUUACGACGCCAAGAUUCUUCACCGAGAUAUCUCACCGGGGAAUAUGAUCAUUCUGGAUGGCCAAGAUGAAGGAAAGCCGAAGGGCGUCCUGAUAGAUCUCGAUUCCGCAAUAGAACUCUCGGAAAGAUCAGAAACAGAGCUAGGAAUUACCGGCACCAGACCAUUUAUGGCUAUUGGCGUGCUGAAGAGCGAAUGUCAUACCUAUCGGCACGACCUAGAGUCUUUCCUCUAUGUCUUCCUAGACAAGCUUCGACAAUGGAGCAAUGGAGACUGGUACGAUUUAGCGGUACAAAAGUCUCUUGACAUGGAGCAGGAUAGCUUUCGGGAUAUUUUGGAGGAAUUUACUCCCGUAUUCCACUCUCUCAAGCCGCUCGCCGAAAGUCUACGCCAAAUUUUAUUUCCCCUAUGCGAUGGGGUAAUAUGGACGGGGACUAACGACUCUCCUGAAGAUAUAGACAGGCUCUACGAUGGAAUGAUCCGCGCGUUCGAAGAGACUAUUAUUUCUGAGGGUAGGACGAAUAGAGGCGCCCAUAAGUACUCCUCGAUGUCUUUACCAUAA